AUGAGUCUAUGGGUUGAUAAACAUAGGCCAAAAGAUCUUUUAAAGUUAGAUUUUCAUAAAGACCAAGCAGUACGACUAAAAAGUCUGGUACAACAAAGCGAUUUUCCACAUCUACUCGUAUACGGCCCUUCAGGAGCCGGUAAAAAAACCAGAAUCAUGUGCCUCUUGCGAGAGCUUUAUGGCUCAGGAGUUGAAAGAUUAAGACAAGAAACAAUGCAUUUUACUACUCCAUCUAAUAAAAAAAUAGAAAUUAUGACUGUGAGCAGUAAUUACCACAUUGAGGUAAAUCCUACCGAUGUGGGAAUCUAUGAUAGGGUUGUUAUAAUGGAUCUCGUAAAGAAUGUAGCUCAGACACACCAAAUUGACUCAUCUGGUCAACGUGAAUUUAAAGUUGUAAUAUUAAAUGAGGUUGACGACCUAACUAAAGAUGCCCAGCAUGCUUUACGUCGUACAAUGGAGAAGUAUGUAGCAACCUGUCGUCUUAUUCUCAUAGCUAACUCUGUAUCACGUGUAAUUCCAGCUAUACGAUCACGUUGUCUAACAAUACGAAUUCCUGCACCUACCGAAAGUGAAGUUUGUAGUGUACUGCAAACAGUAUGCAAAAAAGAGGGAUUGACUUUGCCCUCUGAACUAGCAUUGAAAAUUUCAAAGUGUUCUGAUCGAAAUUUACGGCGUGCUUUGUUGAUGUGUGAAGCAUGUAAGGUGCAACAAUAUCCAUUCAAAGCUGAUCAAAAGGUACCUGAGCCGGAUUGGCAAUUGUUUAUCAAAGAAACAGCAUCUAUGAUUCUUUCAGAACAAUCCCCGAAGAAGCUUGGAGAAGUUCGUCAGAAACUUUAUGAACUUAUUAUUCAUGGUGUGCCUCCUGACAUGAUAUUUGCUGGCUUAUUAAAAGAGCUUGUUAUAAAUUGUGAUAUGGCUAUGAAAUGUCAAGUAGCUAGUCAUGCUGCAAUGUUUGAGCACAGAAUGAGAUUAGGAAAUAAAGCCAUUUUCCAUCUUGAGGCAUUUGUUGCAAAAUUUAUGGCUAUUUAUAAGAAAUUCAUUGAAGAAUCUGUAGGAGAUGCUUUUUGA